UCUUCGCAACAUCUGUCUGUCAACAUUUUACCGCACUUUUUUUUUGUAGCGCUAUAACCACGAAUUUGUGUUUUUGUUCGAAAUUAAUUAGAAUGAUUUGAUUGUCCGUUUCUUUUAUUGUUCCUUUUUUUGCUAUUUAAUUAAAAUUCGUUUCGUUUUAUUUCCAUUUAAAUUGACUAACAAGACCGCACCAAAUGGUCGCAACCGUUAUUCCAUAGUUAGUCUGUGGUUCACGUUUGACAAUUUAAUUCUACGAACAAAAAGAAAAUGUUCGUCCAAGACUUGAAAACGGAUUUCUACAAUGUUGUGAUCGGAAAGCGAAUAUUGGUCAUUGUUAACUAUGACAUUGACGGGAUCUGUGCCAGUAAAAUACUGCAAUCGCUAUUCAAAUAUGAACACAUGCUGUACACCGUGGUACCGGUAAUGGGCGUCUUGGGAUGCCAUCGAGCAUAUAUGGAACAUAAGGAAGAUGUUAAAUUUGUUGUGCUAAUCAAUUGUGGCGGCUGUAUCGAUAUUGUGGAGGUCUUUCAACCCGACGAAGAUGUCAUUUUUUUUGUGUGUGACUCGCAUCGGCCAAUGGAUGUGUGCAACAUUUACAGUGACAAUCAAAUUCGAAUUCUCGGCGACAUAAAUCCAGAUGACGGAAUACCCAGCUUCGAGGACAUAUUUAGAGAAUCUGACGACGAAGACGACGACGACAUUGAUAAUGACAUAUCCGACGAUGACGAUCAGCAACAGCAUCAGUCCCGUGCCGAACGAUUCGAACGACAAGUGGCAAAGCGGAGAGAGAAGCGAAAAUGGGAGGAAAAUCGCAACAAAAUCAUGUUUGACUAUUCACAGUACAGCUACUACGGCAGAAGUUCGGCGCUGCUAAUAUUCGAAUUGGCCUGGAAAUUGACAAAGGACUCAAUGGACCUCCUAUGGUGGGCCAUCGUUGGUAUUACCGAACAAUUAGUUUUAGGAAAAAUCGAAAGUUCCGCAUACAUUCUGGAAACGGACAAAAUUCAAUUGCACGUAUCACGUCUGACGAAUAAAAACAGCGACAAUUCGUUGCAAACCGCCUUGCGGAUUAAUCUGGAAAAUGACCUGCAUUUGGCGCUGUACCGUCACUGGAGCGUAUACGAUUCGCUGAAACAUUCUCAGUAUUCGGCAUGCAAAUUGAAAUUGUGGACCGCACGCGGUGAAAAGAGAUUACAAGAAUUAUUGGUUGAAAUGGGACUGCCGCUGGUACAAGCGAAACAAACAUUUUCUUCGAUGGAUUUGGUGUUGCGCAAAGAAUUCUACGAAAUGAUCGAGAAACUGUCGGAGAAAUAUAAUCUGCCUGACAUCGUUUACGGUUCAUUUACGCUGCAAUAUGGCUACAGGAAUCGCUAUUCAGCCUCCGACUAUGUCUACUCAAUGGUGGCAAUACUGGAAUCGAUUAAAAAGGAUCGUUCGCCAGAAUUUUGUUUCCUGGAAGCACUGGACAGUCUGGCUCGAACAAACAAAAACAUUUUGGACAACGGCAUCACGAAGGCCAAACAAUUUCUGAAUGUUCUGUUCCGACAAGUACAGACCAGCUUGGAAAUGCAUCAAGUUCAUUCGGCCGGUCCGUUUCUGUACAUUGUCAUCAACGAAGAGAAUCCAUUCUUUGCCUGUCCGUACGGACUGACAAUGUUGGCCAAAUUCGUGCUGCAGGGUCAUGUGGCGAUAUCGAAAAAUCGACGAGCGCCCGAACUACCCUUAAUAGCCAGUUGUCCGGUCGACGCGGAACGGGGACUGUGCCUGAUGGUCGGUGUAGCUCCGGUUUGCGAAGACUCGCCGAAAAAUUUCUUCGGCAAGGCAUUCGAACAGGCGGCACAGAAGAGCAAUGCCGUCAUAUCACAGGAUUUCUUCGACACAUCCGUUAUACAAAUCAAACAAUCGGAUGUCACUAAGUUUUUAGAUGGUUUAACCGUGUUAUUAAGCUAAUUUAGUUGUCUCGAAUUCACUGUAACUUUGCCGCGCAUCUUAAUUAAAUUAAUUUUAGAAUUGAAAA